CCAAUCACAUACUGAUUACUAAAAGAGGUCCAGCUGCUGCUCAGGUGAAACAUUUCAACUCAGCUCUGAGCUUUUCGCCUCACUGGGAGGUUUUCAGGGACUUCAAGCUCAGACAGUAAGAUGCAUUUCUCCUCACUUGUGCUGUGUCUGACUUUAGGAGCUUUGUUGAAAGAUGUUUCAGCUACUGGAAGUGAAUGGUGCUACACUGGCUGCGUUAAUACUCCGGGCUACUGGGAAGACCUCGAGGGUUCUUACUGUGGAGGAAAAAGGCAGUCCCCUAUUGAUAUAGACACCAGCAUGGUUCAGACUGACCCAAAACUGCUUAACUUUACCUUUGUCAACUUCACGUCUCAGCAUGUCAUUAAGACCAUCGUUUAUGAUGGACACACAGUGAAAUGCAAAUUGAAGGAACAUGAAGUUGAAGUAAGUGGAGGUGGACUUGAUGAAACAUAUUCUACACUUCAGUUUCACUUCCACUGGGGUCAUACAGAACAUCAUCCUGGAUCUGAGCACAAGAUUAAUGGUUACCGUUAUCCAAUGGAGAUGCACAUUGUCAGUCUGAAGAAAGGUCUUACUGUGGACGAGGCUGUAAAGGACUCCACGGGAAUUGCAGUUCUUGGAUUUUUCAUAAAUGCAACAGAAGAUGGGCAUGCAACAGGACCAUGGAGCAUGCUCACAUCUUACCUGUCAAACAAAACUGAUAUUGAGCCUCAAAUAAAUCUCAACCUCUCUAUCAAUGACCUAAUUGGAAAUGUAGACCUCACAAAAUACUACCGAUACAUGGGAUCCCUAACCACCCCCAAGUGCAACGAAGCAGUCGUGUGGACAGUCUUUCAUGAACCAAUUAACCUCCACAAAGAUCUGAUUCAGCUGUUUCCCAUGAAGACCGGACUCCCCAUCGCUUAUCGGCCUACGCAACAACUUAAUACACGCCAAGUAUUUGCUUCCCCUCCUUUAUCUCAACACGCUCCAUGGUGCUAUGAAGCUCAUGGAAAGUGUGUGUACAGUCCCUCAAAAUGGCACCUUCUGCCUCAAUCCCACUGUGGCGGCGAUCGCCAGUCACCCAUCAACAUUGAAAGAAAAAACGCUAUGGUGGACAAGAACCUUGGUGGCUUCACCUUUACACAUUUUAACGACAAACAUGCCAUCAAGACGAUCACUAACACAGGCCACACAGUGAAGUGUAAGCUGAAGGAGAAUACAGUGGAGGUCUCAGGUGGAGGUUUGGGACACGUCUACUCCACCAUUCAGUUCCACUUCCACUGGGGUCUCCCAUCACAUGACUCCAAGGGCUCAGAGCACACAGUGGAUUCACAGAGAUACCCGAUGGAGCUGCACAUAGUGAACAAGAGGAAGGAUUUAACUUUGACUCAGGCAGUCGAGACUCAUAAUGGCCUUGCAGUGCUGGGAUUCUUUAUUGAGGCUAAAGAGAUCCCCAAAAGCAGCAGCAGCAGCAGCAGCAGUAGUAGUAGUGGUAGCAGCAGCAGCAGCGGCGGUACAGAACAUCAGGGGACAAAUCCAACAUCUCAUAUGGCCUGGACGAAUCUGACCAACUACCUUUCAUUAAUUAAAGAAAUCGGCAGAGAAGUUACCUUUACAGACGAGAUCUCCAUCGAUGACUUGCUUGGCGAUGUGAACCGAGAUAGUUACUAUCGUUACAAUGGCUCCUUAACCACCCCUUCAUGUAAUGAGGCGGUGGUUUGGACAGUCUUUAAAGAGACUAUCAAGGUGGACCAAGCGCUGAUGAUGAUGUUUCCGAAUUCUACAGAGCAGCAUGACGUGUUUCGGCCUGUACAGCCUCUUCAUAGUAGGAAAAUCUACACCACGUAUUCAGCAUCCAUUGCCAUUGCCCCAGUUCCCAUCAUACUGUUUAUGGUGCUGGCAAGUCUCUGGGCCUUUUUCAUAUGAUCUGCAUUUGUGACAAGGUUAGCUUAUUGGGACUAGUGUGAAGACUAAAAUAUAUUGCACUAAUGAUUUGUUUUGCACUGCUCGCAUUAUCAAUAUCCAAAAUGUAUUUAUCAGAAUGUAUCCAGUAUUCAUUAGAAAAAUACUUGGUUACUUUUCAUUGGAUUUGUGACAUACAUACUUCUCAAACUAGUCAUAUCCCUUUUUGCUUUGCUUAAUCAAAACGUGUGCAGUAUAAUAUAAGAUACCUAAAUCUCAGAUGAAUUAAGACUUUUUCUACUAAACUACACCACUAUUGCAGUUGUUAACCACAAAAUAAAUUAUUUGAUAAUUAUUAUUGUGUGUACUAUUAUAACCACUGAAAGCUAAAAAAUAAAUAAUUCAUGUUGUUUGAAAGUGA